AUGGCUACCCAAUUCCGUAAUACUCAGCACGUCGAGGUCUCUCAGGCUGAGGAGGACAUCACCCGCCAGCACACAGCGUGGGCCGUCGAGGACAUCAGUCAGGCCGAGCACAACGGUUCUCUCCGCGAUGCCGUACGCGAACACUGGCGUUCCGCCUUCUGGGCGUUCAUUUUCUCCCUCUCCAUCGUCAUGGACGGGUACGACCUGCAGCUGGUCUACAGCCUGUUGGCCCUGCCGCAGUUCCAAAAGGCCUACGGCGAGCCUUACAACGGCGGCUACCAGCUCAAGGCCAAUUGGCAGACGGCCCUCAACGUAGGCUCGCCCGUCGGACGCGUUAUCGGCGGCAUCCUUGUCGCCUGGAUCAGUGACCGCUUCAGUCGCAAGACGGUCAUGGCUUUCUCUCUCGUGCUCACCGCCGGUUGCGUCUUCAUCACCUUCUUCGCCCCUAACAUCCAGAUCCUCGUCGCUGGGGAGAUGAUCAUCGGCCUCUUCUGGGGCUUCUUCAACACCCUUGCGCCCACCUACUCCUCCGAGCUCUGCCCUGUGGCCCUGCGAGGUAUCCUCAUGUCCUUUAUACUUACCUCCUGGGGUAUCGGCCAGCUUAUUGCCCAGGGCGUUAUCAAGAGCACCUCGGAGAGGCCCGAUUCGUUGUCAUACCGCAUUCCCUUCGCCGUCCAGUGGGUGUGGCCGGUCAUAAUCCUCGCCUUCCUCCCCUUCGCCCCUGAGUCUCCCUGGUGGCUCGUGCAAAAGGGCCGCAUGGAGGACGCUGCCAAGGCCUUGCGCAAAUUGGGGAACCAUGACGAGCAGCGCAUACAGAACCAGCUGCUCAUGAUGGAUGCGACCAACAAGGCGGAGAUCGAGAACGAGAUCGGCACCAGUUGGUGGGAUUGCUUCAAAAAUGAGAACCUUCGUCGCACCGAGAUCGUCUCCAUGGCCUGGGCCAUCCAGGCGCUAUGUGGCAACUCGUUCCAAGGAUACGGCAUCUACUUCCUCGAACAGGCCGGCUUCCCUGUUUCACUGUCCUUCUCGCUCGGUGUCGGCCAGUCUGCCCUUAGUGUCUUCGGCAGCUGCUUGUCCUGGGUCCUGAUCCGCUACAGCGGUCGGCGGCCCAUCUUCUUCUGGGGUCUCGUGAUUCUCACUUGCAUCAUGUUCAUCAUCGCGAUCCUGGAUGUUGCUCCUGGCUACAACACUACGCAGGCCAUUCCCCAGGCCCAAGGUUCUCUCCUCAUCAUCUGGGCGUUUUUUUUCUUCACGACAGUGGCUGCCGUCUCCUAUAUCAUCGUCGGUGAGACGUCCGCUACCCGCCUGCGCAGCAAGACUACUGCCCUCGGAAGCAGUCUUUACUCUGCCGUCGGCAUUGCAUUCGGGUUCAGCACGCCAGACAUGCUGAACCCGACCGCCCUGGGCUGGCGCGGCAAGACUGGUUUCUGGUUCGGAAGCUUGUCUCUGCUGUGCUGCAUCUGGGCCUUUUUUCGCCUCCCCGAGUGCAAAGGCCGCACGUAUAAGGAGCUCGAUCACAUGUUCGCCAAAGAUGUACCCGCCCGCAAGUUCAAGACGUACCAGGUGCCAGAGGAACGUACGGAGGUCCUAGAGUCGAAACUCGAAGAUGCUUGA